AAACCGUGGUUUGGGUGGGAGAGGGCAGGGACCAAGAGAGCAGGCAGGGUCUCAUGCUUUAGCUCUGAAUCACUAAGAUAAAGUAUAAAGCAAGUGCUGGAGAAUUCAGGGGCCCUGACAAUGAACAUCUCCCCAAGAAACACCUUGCUGGGCUUCAUCUUUUAGUGGAAGGUGCAUAAAAGGACCAGAAUGUUCUGCCUCUUCCUUGCCUACCUGGUUCUGCUUGGAGGGGAAGUGCCAGCCAGGCCAAUAGAGGAAACUGGUCCUGUUGCAAGGGGAGAUGUGAAAGGGAUUUUCCAACUGCUUAAGCAGAAUGUUUGGGAGGAAAAUGUCAAGCUGACUAACCUGUCCUGCGGGGAGCAGAGUAACCAGACCUGGACCAUAUUGAGCCUGAAAAACCAAAGUCUGGCUUCCUUCCCUGCAUGUCUGCCUGAAAGUCUGGCGCAUCUGGAUCUCAGCAACAACCUCUUGCCCCAAUUGCAUGGCCAGGAUGUGGCCUUCCUGCCCAAGUUGCAAGUCCUCACCCUGAGGCACAAUCAAAUCCAACAAGUGACGUGGACAACCGGGAGCCUCAGCAGCCUCCAAGUCCUGGACCUGAGCUUCAAUUUGCUGUCAUCCGUGCCUGCGUGCAGUGCCUCCACGUGCCUGGACAAUCUCAAGUGGUUGUCUCUAGCUGGAAACCCCAUCACUGAAGUCCAGCCCUUGGCUUUCUCCUGCUAUCCCCAGCUGCAUUUCCUGAAUCUCUCUUCCACUUGGCUGGGAAAGGACAGCAAAGAGGCGAUUAGGGAAUCUGCCUUUGCAACGGACUUUCUGCACGUUGGAGACUCCACCAAGAGUGCUGGGAAUGUUCUCACUGUGCUUGACCUGAGUGCAACCUUUCUGGAGAGGAUUCAUCAAGACUGGAUCAAAGAUCUGCCCAGACUCACAUCGCUGUAUCUAACAAGAAUGAACCGGCUGCGAAGCCUUGAUGCGGAUGCUUUCUUGCAUGUGCCCAAGCUGAAAGAACUGGACUGCAGAGAUUCCCAUGCGCUAAGUCUGGUGAAAACGGAGGCAUUCAGCCACACACCACAUGUGGCUUCCCUCAUAUUCCAAAACUGCAACUUGAGUUCUUUCACUCCGUGGAAUCUUAGCUCAUCAAGCCACCUUGUUAUUAACCUCUAUGGAAAUCCGUUGGCCUGCCAUUGUGCGAUUUCCUGGCUGCUUGCCAACUCAGACCAAAUAAUUCUACAGAGGGUAUCAGAAACUACGUGCUACCCAUCCCCAGAAGAGAGAAUAGGAUCUGUAUCUGGACCUAUGCUGCUGUCUGAGCUCUAUGAGGAGUGCAAAACAUGGAGAAUUGCCCAUUCAACCCCAGCAUUGACUCUGGGUGAACUUUACAGUACAUCUUCCAGUUUUGCCACAGACACACUGUCAGACUCCAGUGUUUUGCCUCACGAAUGGGGCAGCAGUUCUUUUGCUCCCCAGAGCACACAUUUGACUUGGGAAGACACCACAAAACAGAGUCCAACCAAGGCGGGCAUUCUUGUUUACAAAAAGGAAGCCGUUUACGGAUCUGCAGACCACCCACCAUCCCUAGCAGCUGUUAGUACAACUUCCUCAACAGUUCUGCAGAAACUCUCUACCGAGCAAACCCUAGUAAGCACAAUGGAAAUGGAUCAAGGGAAGCAGGAUGCCACAACAGUGAAUUCUAUUGUCUCCCCAGAAGGAACACUGCUUCACUUUGCUCUGCUCAGUCCUACAACGGAAGCAACAGAACUCAAUUCUUCCCAGGUUUCCAGUGGUUGGUUUAGCCCACAUAGCACAGCCCAUUCAGAUGAGACCACCCCGCCCCUGCAAAAACCCACCAAGGCACUUUCCUUGCCAAGUCUUGGAACCACUAACCAUCCGAUGUAUUAUAAAGAUGACUAUGACUAUGAAAAAGAGCAAGAGGAAUCCAUCAUGAAGAUUGUUGGGCUUUGUGACUAUGACCCAUGCAGACACCUUCAGAAGCCUUGCCCUGAUCUCCAGGCGUUGUCUCCUUGCUUGUGCCCAGGCAUAACUGAUGAAUUCACCGUCCCAGAGCCACCAAGGCUCCGCAAAGUCUCUGAAAUGAGGGACACUUCAGCCGAGAUCCACUGGUGUGCCCCAAGCUCAGUAGUAAGGUUCUACCAGCUCGCCUACCGCCCAAAAGGCAGCAAGAAGAAUUACACCAUUUCUGGGGAGAUUUAUGCAACGGCCAGGCGGUACACCCUGAACAACCUCCUGCCUAGUUCAACCUACCAGGUAUGCAUAAUUGCUUCAAACAAGGCAGGGUCAAGCCAGGCUACAGAACAGAAUGCACGCAACGCUCCAUGCAGCACCUUUGCAACACAGUCCAGCUACAAACCUGUCUUGGCUGCCUUGUGUGCGACAAGCGUCCUCUUUCUCAUUUCUACUAUAUUAUUGUCAGUGUGUCUAUGCAAAAAAUGUAGAGCGCCUCACACCGAGCAGUAUAGCACACAUUUAGUCUCUUACAAAAACCCUGCUUUUGAUUACUCCUUAAAAUAAGAAAGAUGAAUGAAAUUGAAAAGAAGUUGUCAUGACUGCAAAAUGUUUAACCUUUUUGAUGAUGGAAUUUCUUUUUUGCCUUCUAAAACAGCAAAGUAUAUGUUGGGGC